CGAAACGAAUUUCGAGUUAGUUAUUACUUUCCCACACACACAAAAGGUUGAAGGAACUUUUUCGAACAACAAUAAAAUCGGAAGUCUUGAAUUCUACUAGAAACUUUCGAGGCAUUUUCAUUGAUUACCUUUAUUUAGUGAGAGACAGAAACCAAGAAACCAGAAACCACGAGCACCAUGAACACCAUUGAGGAGGACUGCAGCAGCGUAUCGCAUGGCUCCAUCAAGAGUCGGGAGUCCCAAUCCCAAUCCCCAUCCGCAUCCCAGUUGCAGUCACCGCAGCCGACGGGAGCCCGCAACCGCAAGGAGACCCCCAUUCGCGUGCGGGACAUGAUCAAUCUGUACAACUUCGCCACGCAGAAGAACCAGGAGUUGGAGCAGGCCAAGUCCAUCUACUUUGGCAGUCUGCCGCGAUCGGAGGAGGAGCAGAUGGCUCCGCUCGACGACGCCAGCUAUUGCAACAUGUCCUUGUCGGAGGACAAGGACAAGGGGCCACUUAGUCAGGGAACUUUUAUAGUGACCACCAACAACGGACAGACCUUGUUGCACCAGUCACUUAACGAUGGAAAUCCGGCGGACAAAAAGCCGGUAGAAAAGACAUACCAGAGCAAAACAACUAUUAGGCGCACAGAUAAGGGCGUGCGUAUUGUUAUUGACAUAUUUUUUGAUAAGGAUAGCGAGAUAGACAUUGUGGGCAGUCGCGUGGAGACGGACAUCCCCGAGAGCCGCAUCUUGACUGACUUCCAGCACCACUCGCUGGCGAUGAAGAAUCAGGAGCAGGAGCCGGGAGUCCAAAUGGGGCCCAGUGCCCAGUCCACUUAGGCCAACCCCCCAGUUAGCCAGUUAGGGGAUAACCAACUAAAUUCCAGGUUACAAUGUAUACGCCGAGUUAUAAAUGUGUUUUUUUCUUUAUUUUUGACAGCAACAAACAAUAUACGACAUAAAUAAACCAUCGAUUCACUAUCGAAA